CAUGCUGCAUUCAGCUUCACGAAGACCUUUACUACAGACGCAUCCGUAAAGUAGACGUAGCUGUUGAAUCGAUAAUAUUCACUGGGUAGGCGUUGUUUGAGCUCAAGUUCGGGAAAGGAUCCGGUGAGUCAGUCGAAGAUGGCAGGACGUAAUGCAGUUAACUCGCACGAGACAUCCGCAGUGAGGGAGGGUCGACGUUAUUUCCCCCAGCUGCACAGUCACGAAAGGGAUGCAUUUGGGUCCGAGCCCUCGACUUCAGAGAGCUCUAGAAGUUGGAGGAGGAUUACUCUAGUCCUGAAUGCCACCCGAAGAUUUCGAAGAUUUCCUUUGCAGAAGAGGGCAAGAACCCGCUUCAGAGUAUGCGCACAUAUCAUUUGCGCCAUUGGACGCCUUCAAAGGGGGCUUCACAACAAGGUACGCCCCUCAGGAGUGGCACCAGAUGGUUAUGAAGUGCCGGCUACUGAUCUCACGCAAUUGCUUCAGGAUCGGCAAGUGGAGGGUCUGGAGAGGUUGGGUGGAGUGGAAGGGCUGGCCCAGAAAUUGCAUACAGACAUGGAAUAUGGAUUAGAUGAAUCGGAGGAGCAGCUGCACAAGAGGCAAGACGCUUAUGGCGCCAACACAUACCCGAAAAAGGAGACCAAAAGAUUCUGGUCGUAUGUGUGGGAUGCCUGCAAGGACACCACUCUCAAUAUUCUUAUGGCAUGCGCAGUUGUGUCACUUGCCACGGGUAUAUGGACUGAAGGCAUCAAGGAGGGAUGGUAUGAGGGGACCAGCAUUGGAGUAGCCGUGCUUCUUGUGAUUUUUGUCACGGCUAUAAGCGAUUACAAGCAGGGCUUGAAUUUUCAAAACUUGAAUGCCGAGAAGGAGAACAUAAAAUUGGAGGUUCUCCGAGCAGGACGGAGACAGACUGUAUCCAUUUUCGACCUCGUCGUGGGCGACAUUGUUCCAUUGGCCAUCGGAGGCCAGGUCCCGGCCGACGGUGUUCUCGUAGAGGGGCAUUCUCUGUCUAUCGAUGAGUCCACCAUGACGGGAGAGAGUUUCCCAGUGAAGAAGGACAAGAGCAGGCCGUUUCUCUUGUCGGGAUGCAAAGUACAGGAUGGACAAGGCACCAUGUUAGUGACAGGAGUCGGACUCAACACUGAGUGGGGGCAAGUUAUGGCCUCCAUCAGCGAGGAUAAUGGCGAACUCACUCCUCUGCAGGUUCGCUUGAAUGGAGCUGCCACCUUAAUUGGCAAGGUGGGGCUUCUAGUCGCUUCUGUUGUGCUGGUCAUAUUGAUCAUCCGGUACUUCGCCAUCGACUACAAGAAAGCUACCGCUAGAGAGAGAAGAGUUGCUCAGGUUAUCAAAGAUAUGGUACACAUUUUCUCUAUUGCCGUGACAAUUGUGGUGGUGGCUGUGCCCGAGGGGUUGCCCUUGGCGGUCACGCUUACAUUGGCCUACUCCAUGCGCAAGAUGAUGGCGGACAAGUCAUUAGUUCGUGUUCUCGCUGCUUGUGAAACCAUGGGAUCAGCUACCACCAUCUGUAGUGAUAAGACAGGUACGCUCACUACCAACAAGAUGACCGUCACUCGAGUGUGUGUGGGCGGAGAGAUGAGAGGUGACGACACAUUGGGCUCCGAAUCUCUACACACCAACUUGCGACAAUUGCUUGUGCAUUCGAUAUGUCUCAAUAGCAAUGGCAAUGUCUCUCCGCCUAAGCCCGGAGAGGAAUCUUCUGUGACGGGAAGCCCCACAGAAGCAGCUCUCUUGAUUUGGGGAGUCAAAAUGGGCAUGAACUUCAGAGACAUCAAGCACAAGAACCAGAUUUUGCAUGUGGAAACGUUUAAUUCAGAGAAAAAGCGCGCGGGCGUUGUGUUUAAGACUGGCGAUGGGGACGUGGAGCUUCACUGGAAAGGAGCCGCUGAAAUUAUUCUGGACUUGUGCACCCAUUGGAUCGAUGCGCAUGGCGAAUGCCAUCUCAUGACUGACAACAAGCUCAAGGAAUUCAGUGCUGUGAUAGAGGGGAUGGCGGCGCAGGCAUUGCGGUGCAUCGCCUUUGCAUAUCGAUCCAUUGAGGAAGCGGAAAUUCCGCAGAGCGAAGAGGCCCGGUCGGAAUGGAAGGCUCCCGACAAAGGGCUCAAGCUCAUGGCCGUGGCUGGUAUCAAGGAUCCUUGCAGACCUGGAGUGCGUGAAGCGGUCGAACGGUGCCAAAGAGCUGGCGUCAAGGUUCGCAUGGUGACUGGUGACAAUAUCUACACCGCAAAAGCCAUCGCCGCGGAAUGUGGAAUUUUGGUGGAGGGUGGGCUGGUAGUGGAGGGCAGGGAUUUCCGCAAUUGGGGUGACGAGAGGCUGGCCAGCACGGACUUGGAUAACCUGGUGGUGAUGGCAAGGUCGUCCCCCUUGGACAAGCUCAAGCUGGUGAAAGCACUAAAAGAGAGGAGAGGAGAUGUGGUAGCUGUGACUGGAGACGGAACAAACGAUGCCCCAGCGCUGAAGGAAGCUGAUAUCGGGUUGUCAAUGGGGAUUGCGGGUACGGAGGUGGCCAAGGAGAGUUCUGACAUUAUUAUUCUGGACGAUAACUUCACCUCGGUGGUGAAGGUAGUGCGGUGGGGUCGAUCGGUGUACGCUAACAUCCAGAAGUUCAUCCAGUUCCAGCUGACGGUGAAUGUGGUGGCGCUCACCAUUAACUUCGUGGCUGCUGUGAGUUCAGGGCACGUGCCUUUGACGGCAGUGCAACUAUUGUGGGUGAAUCUCAUCAUGGACACCAUGGGCGCUCUCGCCCUUGCGACGGAGGCUCCCACAGAUGAUCUUAUGGACAGGACCCCCAUCGGACGCAAGGAGCCGCUCAUCACUAAUACCAUGUGGCGGAACAUCUUCGGCCAAGCCUUAUAUCAGAUCGUUGUUCUGCUCAUUCUUACAUACCGCGGGAUUGAGAUCCUUGGGCUGAAAGGAACAGAGGAUGAGAUGGUCCUGGAGAGGAACACCAUUAUCUUCAAUGCCUUCGUGUUCUGCCAGAUCUUCAAUGAGAUUAACGCCCGGCGGCCGGAAUCGUUCAAUGUGUUCCAAGGCAUUCACAAGAACUUUCUCUUUGUGGGAAUCAUUGCGGUGACCAUCUUCUUCCAGGCCAUCAUCGUCACAUUCUUGAAUAACUUCGCAGAUACGACCAUGCUCACCAUCAAGUGGUGGGCAUUGUGUGUGGCCAUUGGAUCAGUGGCGCUGCCCUUGGCGGUGCUCAACAAGUGCUUGCCGGUGCCGAAGACCCCCAUUCUGGAGAUUUCAUGCUUUCCGAGCACUCAAUGCUUGGGAUUGAAGCGUCGAUCCAAAGGAGCCCAGCACAUCAGAGAAGGUGAAAAUGAAUUCUCAUCCAAGAGGGAUGGAGACUGAGAAGUUCAAGCGGAGACGAUCACAAUAUGAACUUCAAUCCUGGUAGCAACGAAUGAUGAUGAUGCUGAUGAUUGAGUCGAUGCUCUAUAAGAACUCUAGAGUCUCCACUCUCUAAUCAAGAAGUUUAUCAAGUCAACCCCACUGUGUGAUGUUUCCAUUUUCAGUAGGGUGUCUGGCAUCCUUGAUGUCUCGGAGGUUGGAGUUUCUCACGCGCUGUAGAAGUGCCCUGGUGCCUGCAUUUGAGCCUUCCCGAGGUUGCCGAUCUCCGAGGUGACUGUGGGCUGUUGCGGCUGCGCCUGCACGCUGGAAAAGCUAGAGAAUAAGCCCCUAGAAGCCGAGCUAGCGUGUGGAGGAGCGAGAAGGGGGGAUAUUAUUCAAUGCUAAGUGGAUCCGUGAAUAGGCCGAUAUUGAGGUUCACCACUGCACACAGCACAAGGAAAGCGAAACACAUCACACGUGGUCAUGCUGAAGAACAGGCAGUGCAGCACCUUGAGGAAUGUGGUCCUGGUGAAGGGCAGUGCUGAUGCACCCACAGCACACAGUGGUACACUCUCCAAUUCCUCAGCUCUCGCCUCCUCUUUGCUCAGGACAGCAAGUAAUUUCUGUAGACCACUACUCAAUAAAUUCAAGAAUAACUUAGUUUUUUAUAUAUUAUUGGUGAUGUCAAUAUAUUUGUUGUAUUUACUUUUGUAUUUAUUUUUUCUAAACAAACCUCAUCAUUAGCAAAAAAAUUCUAAAUAUAAUGAUGUCUAAUAUUUAUAUAUCUAUGAAGUAGAUUUCUAGCUAAAAGAUAUUGAAGAAAUACAACAAGCAAGACAUAAGUAGAUAGAAAUCAACAAGAUUGCAUACAAAAGAAGUGUGGAAUGAAAUACCUCCCACUUCCAACAUCCUUUACUUAUAGGUAGAGUUUCAUUUAUUAUGGUUGAACUUCAUCUUCAUCCAUCUUUGUUUCAUCCAGUGAAAUCCUAGCCACCACUUAAUCUAGCCGCCACUUAAAAUCUUA